GAUACACACAGGAAAAUGGUUCCUAACGGAUCUUUAAAUUUUGAAGACGACCAAUUUAUUGAAUCAUCCGUGGCUAAAUUAAAUGCCUUGCGCAAAAGCGGACAGUUUUGUGAUGUCAAACUACAGGUCUGCGGCCAUGAGAUGCUGGCACACAGAGCAGUUCUUGCCUGUUGCAGCCCCUUCUUAUUUGAAAUUUUCAACAGCGAUGGUGAAUCUCAUGGUAUUUCCCAUGUCCGAUUUGAUGACUUGAAUCCAGAAGCUGUUGAAAUCUUAUUAAAUUAUGCAUACACUUCUCAGCUUAAAGCUGAGACAGAUCUUGUUAAAGAUGUAUACUCUGCAGCAAGGAAACUUAAGAUCGAACGAGUGAAACAGGUGUGUGGAGAUUACUUAAUGUCAAAAAUAGAUGCUCAGAGCUGUAUUUCUUACCGUAAUUUUGUAAACACAAUGGGAGAUUGGCGCCUUUUAAGCAAAAUUGACCAUUACAUCCAAGAGCAUCUUCUUGAGAUUUCUGAGCAGGAUGAUUUUCUUAAACUCCCAAGACUGAACUUGGAAAUAAUGCUAGAAGAAAAUGUCUCGCUCCCCAACAAUGGUAAAUUGUAUACAAAGGUAAUCAACUGGGUUCAGCGGAGCAUAUGGGAGAAUGGUGAAAAUCUGGAUGCCCUAAUGGAAGAGGUUAGUCUGGCAAAAGAAUGACUGUAAUACAUGUAGGAUGCUAGGAAAGUCAAUUUUUUACAACUAAUUCAAUUAUCCUUUUAUGAUAAUUAGAGCCCAAAGUAAAGAAAAUAUCAGUUUUCAGUCCAAAACUGGUAGGUUUGAAGGUGAGACUGAAUCUUAUUUUCCCAAAACAAAUCUUAUGUUUUUUUUCCACCAAUUCCCCCUUUCACUUUUGUACUGUUUUAAGUUCUAAUGUUUUUUGAUUGAAAAUUGCUGUAGACUUUCAACAUUUUCCUGCAGGUUUAAUGCUUGAAUUGGCCUUUUUCUUUAGAAAAUUUCUAAUAGUUUUUUCCUCGCCAUUGAUUAUAUUUUCAUAGGUUAUUUAACAAAAGUAGGAUACCCAAGAUGGAAGAUCAAUGAAGAUACUCCAAGGUUUAAUCGUAUUGAAGCUCAAGUCUGCCCUAUGCCUUCUAAGAACAUCCACUCUGGGCAGAGAACCAUGAUGAUGAUUUUAAUGGUGUUUACUCCUUUUACAGGAUUUGUUUGACAUGUACAGCCUAAAUUUUUCUAGCUAGAAGUGCCUGCCUACUUUCUUACUAAUUCAACAGAAGGCAUUUAUAAGAUUACCAUUGUGUUGGUACCAUUUGAUUUUAUUUCUUUAGGUUUUGCUACCUUUUUAUAAACCAACAUGAGGGUGAUUUUAUAUUCAUAGUUUCUUACCCGGCAUACAUUUAUAGUAAAGGUUGCAUGCACCAGCAAUUUUAGAUUUGUAUAUUAAAAAAAGUCAAGCCCUGAUGUUAACAGGGAAUUAAUUUUUUUAAGUGAUAACUGGCUACUUGCUAUACAGUUUGUGUCUUUUAAAAUAUAAACAACAACAAUCCAUGUGUAAUGUGCACAUUUUAUUGAAGUAUUGUUACAUUUUGUUAACCCCCCUUCAGUAUUUACAAAGCACAUGAAAAAUGUUUUAACCCAAACGGCAUCACAGUGAUCUGUGAUUUUUUAAAAUAUUUGAAUUGUUAAUUUUGGUAAAUUCCCACACUAUCAUUUCACCUACAAAACAAUGGACUAGAGUAUGUAAAGACUGCAUAUUAAACAUAACUUAUUGGUACAGACACCUUACUUGAAUUGUAUUCCAGUAAGUUAAUCUAAAAUUAAUUUUAAGAUGUAGAAUUGUGUUAAUGUGUAAUUUAAUGUGCAUUUGUGCAUGUACAUUUUGCAAAAAAUUUUUUGUUCUUGACUUUUUAUGAAUUUCUGUUAAAAAAAAAAAAAAAA